UAUCAUUGCUAACAACUUAUCAUUGAUUCUAUUAUUUAAAGUUGAAUGCUUUAAAAAAACAACAAAACUUGUUACAUCUAAAUAUCUAUUCACUUAGGUUUUUUUGUAUAGAUUUAAAUCGUUAAGAAGAAAAAGCGAUAAAAUGCUUAUUGAAAUGCAAAGCUCAAUUAUUUUCCUGAUAAUUAUCAUUUUACCUGGAGUUUUGGGAGGUGAGGAAAAACCUGCUCACGCACAAGCAUUAUGUGGAAAUCAAUUUUUGUUGAGAUGGAAAGUACUAUGUCAAAUUGAAAGUCAAAAAAAAGCAAAUAAUUUACACAUUGAGCUUAAAAGUAUGAUGAAGGAGCAAAAGCACUUUCUUCUAAAGGCAAAUACAGCUAAAAAGUUUUUGAAUCCGUUGAAAAGAAAACGAAGAAGUAUUUUUAGUGGUAAACUAGACAACGCCGAUGAAGAAUGUUGCAAAGAAAAAUGUGUUACUCUAGAAAUAUUGGAGUAUCCAUGUUGACUGACUCAAUUGUAAUUGAGAUGAGCAAUCUCUGGAUGUCAUUUAAUGUCAUGAUGAUGUCACACAUCAAACUAUUCUUAUAUAGUUCAACUGCUUAAGAGUUUGAUGAAUUUCAGUAUUUAUAAACAUAUGUCUUAUAGAUAAAGACUAAAGCCGUAUUUUUUGUAUCUACACGUGGAACAGUUUCAAUGACUAUUAUUAUUUAUAUUAAAUAAAGGUCAUAGAUGGAAAUCUUCAACAUUUGAAGGAACUUCAGUUUAGUAUUUUAAAAAGGCGUUUUUUGUAUGGAAAUAUGUAUUUAAAAAACGUUUUCAUUUUAUAAAA